GGAAUAGUUUGAAAUAUUAGGCUUCUCUAUAAAAUGGAGACGAUUAUAGUUGUGUCACUGCUUCUAGUUGCCUUUCUGGACGUCAAUUUGUGUGGAAAUCCAAUGAAAAAUGAACAAUGUGAAUAUGAUAUGGAUUUAGUUAAAAACACAAUGAAGGUUGUUUGCAAAGGAGAAACUGCGGGUGUUAACAUUAUUGUUCCAAAUGCUGUUGUGAACCAAACUCCUAACAGAUACGAAUCUACAAGGGAGUCUCCUCCUCCAGUUGAUUCGGAUCCUUGGGUACCGUACGGUGAUAUGCAUGCUGGACACACCGUCCCCUUAUCGGAAGCAGUAACAAACUCUACCAGAGCCAUAGAUGGAUUGAAGAGUCGUUUAUCGCAGCAUUCGAAUGCGAUGGAUAACAUAACAUCUCUGUUGACUUCUGGUGAUCGAGGUUUGACCUCUGAUCUUCGAAAGUUGAGGAAACAUUCACCAAGCAGUGAAACUCUGAAAGAAGGCAUGCUAGCUGCCAUAAGGAACCAGUACAACUUUAUGAGGACAGCCAUCUUAACUCAAAAUGCAGAGCUGAAUAAACUGAUUGAUUCUUUGAACAAGUUGUUGGACGUAACUUCAAAAGGAUUGCAAAGCGCUGCCAGAGCAGACAAGGAUAUUGUCGACCAGAUUGGUUACGUGAAUCAAACCAUGAUCACAAUGAGAAGAAUGAUGUCGACAGAGUUAAAGCGACAGAGGCAUGAACCGACAAUAUCAAAUCUAGGAAAAUGUCCGUUGGAGAUAGCUGCAAUUGGUAAUGGCCAUGCUAUGGAUGUAAAAGUUCGGAAAGGAACGAUUAUGAGAGACGGUGCUGAUAUCAGUGACAAAUUGUGGAUCAUGAAAGGUGGAAGAUCCUCGGAUCAACUACUUGAGUAUGAUUCGGAGAUUGAUCAAGAAUAUCAGCUAGUUUCACGAGCCCACACUCUUCCGUUCAGAUGUGAAGGUACAGGUCAUGUGAUUUACAGUGGCAAUCUUGUCUGUCAAAAGGCAGACAGUAAUGUAGUCGUGAAGUAUGAUUUACAAAAACUCUUGAUUGUGGCAGAGGUAAAUUUAGGAAAAGCGGGAGUUGCGGGUACUUAUCCCUAUCAAUGUGGUGGAUAUACGGAUAUCGAUCUGGCCGUUGACGAACUCGGAUUAUGGGUCGUUUACGCAAUGCCUGAUUCUGCAGGCAAGAUGAUGAUCAGUAAAUUAAAUCCAGAUAGCCUGAUGAUUGAGAAAACGUGGAUGACUCGAUACCCCAAAGCAAUGGUAGGAAACACGUUUAUGAUCUGCGGUGUCCUUUAUGGGACCAAUUCUUACAAGGAUUCACCAACUUACAUCAAAUACACGUACGACACCGAAACCGGGCGAGACAAAAUCCUUAAAGAAGGCUACAUCAAUUUUGCAAAUGGGUCGGAGCCUUUUCAAAACCUAAACGCCAGUGAAUACAGCCGAUCAGAUCCUCGACAGAAAGACUUUUGA